ACGAGCCGGACUGCGUGAGCCGAAUAGCGAGCGACUCCAAGACGCUGGAUAAGAAACAGGAUAAAAGCGCGGUAAAUGGUAGGAUGGACAACUGCGGAGGUGGCGGCCAGCGCCUGCCCCCGGACGGGGACGAGUUUCCCGCGGCGUACCAAGAAUUCACGAGCCCGAGCCAGCAGUACCAGUACGUAACGACGCGCGAGACGAUGGCGGCCAACGGCGACGUCGACCGGGGCGAGUCGGUGGUGGACGGCACCAAUCCCUUCCUCCCCACGGACAAGGUAACACUCGUCACCAAAAAGGGCCGCAGCAUCUUCGACAAAAAGGACAUGCUGAGCGAGUUCAUGCAGAAAGAAGUGGACGCGGACAAGAGGAGCUCGGUCGGUAAUUACGUGAUCUACAGUGCGCAGAAGAGCCUCGCGAGCGAGAAGAAGAUCGAGAUGGCCGGUUACUACGCGAAGGGCUCGGAUGAGGGGGAGGUGGGAGCGAGCCCGCCACCCUUGCCUCUGACCGGGCCCCCCAAAGUGGAAGCUCGGGCCCAGUCGCAGGAGAGGAAGUUUGCGUCCAACAGCGACCUCUGGCGCCAGGACAACAAGUCCGAGAAAUCGGUCAAGGACAAGAUCGCGAUGUUCUCGUCGCAGAGCAGCGCCGAGGCUCCGCUGUUCCCGACCUCGAUCGCGGCAGGUAGUCCGAGGCGCUUGUCCAAGCACAAAUCGUCGGACGACGUGUUUGGGGAGGACAAGAGACCGAUGGUGGCCGAGCGUACGCAGAGCACCUUCGACCUGACCGGCAAUGGCUACCUUCGGAAGAAGGUCCCCAAUUUGCCCCAGACUUCGCCGCCUUCGAGUCCAGGUGGGGUCAAUGGAUACUCCAGCGGCGGUAGCAGUGGUUCCUCGCCCAUACACCUGCAAAAGUCCCGGGAGAUCAACAACUGCGACAGCAGUGGCUCGUCCAUGUCCAGCAGUCCCCUGAGCUCGUACUCGACGGCCUACAGCCGCGCCAUGAGUCCGAGUCUCGGCAAGAGCUACGAGGCUUCGCCUAUGCCCUCACCGGUGAAGGCACCAGCUGCGUGCGCGGCCGUGCUGACGAGAGCCACGAGUUUCUCGGGAUCUUUGGGUCCGUAUGGCGCUGAUGCGCUUCAGGUCUCGAGCAAAGUGCCGGGGGGCACGUCAUCGAUCGCCAGGACGACCUCGCUGGCGUCGACUUUCAAGAGACCGAGCGACGAAAUGCGGAAGAGCAGCUUGAACCAGCUGAUCGAGCAGAGACGAAAGGGCAUGUCCAAGCUGAGAGGACUGGUCAUACCGGAGAAGGACGCGGUGUCGGUGGACCAGCCGAUCAUCGAUUUGCCGGAAAUCAAAUCUCGAGAAUCUAUUUUGGUUAAUCAGGUGCCUCGAUCCAACAUUCACGACAAGUGGGGCUCCCAGAGUUCACUUGCAAGCAACGCGAGCACAGUCAGCUCCUCCAUGCGGACAAACACUUCCUUCAAAAUGCCAGCACCCAAAAUUCUAUCCAGCUAUUCUCCAGCUUUCAAACGGAAAACCUUGACAGGUUACAACAACAACUCGUCAGCAAUCAAUGGUUCGAAAGGCAGUGCCAACACCACUACCAACAGUCAACUAUCGAGUCCAGCAUCCGAUGCGCCCAAGAGUCUCGAGAGUAUUUGCAGUCCAACGAGAAGUGAUUAUAGCUUUGAUUUCGUAUCAUCUAGCGGUUCACCCGAAAAUAACCAUCCCGCCUCGAAGCCCAAGCUCAACUGCCAACGCAAGAUUGGCAGGAACGAGUACGACGACUCGGACAACGAUUCAGCUGUCAGCAGCUCCCAGAGCAGUAUCUCUCGUGGUUUCAGUCCACCCGCGUCUCCAGUGCCCUCGGACAGGUCUACCAUCUCUUCCGAAAGAUCCUACCUGUCCUCGGAGACGCACUACCAACGCCCACAACUGAUAAUUGAUAGCAAGACUAACGGCACGACCAUAGUGCCUGACAAAGUUUACAACGGCAACAACCAUGUGCGUUCCACUCUGAUAUCGGAGCGCAGCUAUUCCGUACCCGAGAAAACGACGCAUCUCAAGCAAGUGCACCAACAGCAACAACCAGCUGAACAAGUCCGGUCGUCCCACAUUCCCCAACGUCAGAUGCUGAAACGCUCGAACAGCACCGAAACCAACUCGAGUAACUCGUCAACUCUGACCUCGGGGUCGCAAGCUAGCGCUGAAUCCUUGUCCCGUCGAGUCCUCAAGCCACAGAGCGUCGAGGCCAUCAACCGCAAGAACAUCCUGGCAAGUGCAAGAUGCCGCAGCGGACGGGAUUUAAACGGUUCACCGCUGAUUCAGCGCAAGUUCACGGACGAGGAGGAAGCCGGGGAGCAGCAGGAGAGCGGGGUUUUCGUCAAUGCUCACCGAGUAUCGAAUGGAAACGCCGACCACGUCAAGCCCGAGAUUAAGAUUGCUUACAUCGAAAUUGCGGAGAACGUCGAACCGGAGGAUGGUAAAAAGGAGAUGAACGAAGAACCGAGAUUGCCACCCAAGCGGAGCGUUGUUAUCCCGCAAGCCAAAAACGUGCCAAUCCCAACUUCGAGGCCACCAAAGCCCGAAGCGAUGGAGCCUUCCAACGAUAUAAAGUCGUGGGUCAGAUCCGAAAUGCGGAACUUGACAACCGACAGCAACGAUCGAACCAAUUCCUACGAUAGUCGUAAGAAGACGUUGGCUGGUGACGAGGACAUUUCGAGUUCACGUAACUUCAGAAGCAAGUCAACGUUAGCUCUCAACGAACAGAGCCCCUCGACAACCAUGGGAUCGAGGAGCCAGUCCAUCGACGGCGAGGGUGACGUGGACUUGAUCGACUCCAUCAAACCAAAGUCCAGGUCGAAUUAUGCCCUGAAGAAGACCACGGACAACGAUCUCUUGGCAGUAUUGACAACGAAAAGUAGAUCGAGGUCUGCCAUCCACAUGGAAGACGGCAGCUACGGCCAACUGAAGAGCCAGAUGGAUCUGGAGGACAUUCUAACGACCAAGGGUGGCGAGCUAUUGUCUUCCAAAUUACCACGCAGCCUCAGCAUCAGUUCGGACACCAGAACCACGUCCGAGAAAGUCCCCGAGGCGAGCAUCUACUCUUUCUCAAAGAUCGAGAGGAGAUCCAACUCGGCAGACCUGUGGUCCGAAGAGAAGACACCGUCUACGAAGAUACCUUCGCUCAGCGGCAGAACUGGCAAGCUUUUUGCCGAUAACUUGGAGGACAGUACCAUCGAGACGAGCGAGUCGAGCAAGCAAACCAACAGUUGUUCCAAGAUACCGAUGUCGCGCAACCUUGGCAGACGAAGCGCCAGUGUCACGGACAUGAAGAAGGUCUUUGAAAAGGUGGACCACAACUCGUCCACCGGUGCAUACUCGCUGGGCGGUCAAUCGGCCAACGUAGGCUCCCACAACCGUUUCCCUAGUCUCGACAGCAGCGUAGAGGAGAACCUUCGACCCGUGGGCGGAGUGAGCGCCUGCGAGCCAGACACGGAGCGCUUCAACGGCGAGCAAUUUGGGAGUAUCAGCUCGCUCGCGAGCAGCACCAGCCUGAUAUCGCAGCAGGAGCUCGCCCAACUGGUCGAGGAGGCGAACCUCGAGGAGCCAAGAGGUGGCCACGACGUGGCGGUGGUGCUGCUGCACAAGGAGAACCCGACGGGCAGCGUGGGGAUAAUCCUGGCGGGUGGCGCCGACUGCGAGACGAAGGAGAUAACGAUUCACCGGGUGCUCAGCCACUCGAUAGCCGACAAGGAGGGCAGCGUGCACAGGGGCGAUCGCAUUCUGAGCAUCAACGGGCGUAGCAUGCGGGGACUUACGCACCGGGAGAGCCUUGCCGUGCUGAAGCAGCCGAGGUCCGAGGUCGUGCUCGUUGUUUCCAGGGCUAAGGCCGAGGAUGGCGCCAAGCCCGAGGCGACGACUGUUUCCAGGUUCCGGUCGCGCACGGAGAGCGUCAGCUCCGCAGGAGAGGGUAACAAGACGAACGGCGUCGUGGAUAACACAGCGUGGGGUCCGCCGAUGGUCGUGGCAAUGUACAAGGUCGGCACUGGCUUGGGCUUCAGUCUCGAGGGUGGCCACGAUAGUCCGCUUGGCGACCGGCCCCUCUUAAUUAAGAAGAUAUUCACCGGUGGUGCUGCCGAAAAGACUGGUGCUUUGCGGGCGGGCGACGAGCUGCUCGAGGUGAACAACCGCGACGUGAGCAGGAUGUCGAGGAUCGAGGCUUGGUCGCUGAUGAAGAAGCUACCCGACGGGGAAGUCAGUCUCCUAGUCAGACAUCCUGCCACCAAAUCCUCGUGAACACGACGACGCGCGGCGAAACAACGAUUAUCACAUAAGUUUAGUCAUCCGAGCGCUAUUAUCGCCGGUUUUUCAACCAGUACAUGUAGCAUUUUCGAUCCUUUUUUUUUCCAUUCGUUUUGACAGCUGUAACAUACACUCGUAUAGCAACAUGAAAGGAGAAAUCGAUUUUUUUUUGUUUCUUUGUUUUUUUUCGAAAUACGAAAAAUAUUAACGAAUACAGUCGUGCGACUGUAUGAAUGAGUUUUAUAUACAUACGUAAAGACAAAACAUUACGAUAUAAUGAUUAGAGAUAAAUUUUAUUGUAUACAUUUAUGAGAUUUAUAUGUAUUAAGUAGUCGGUUGUAACAGUCAAGUGUUUGCGUAUUGCGAACGACAAUAAUGCCCCUGUGUGCCUUUGAUGAUCAUUAUUAUUAUCAUAUAUUUAUAUUAUUACAAUUAUUAUUUAUAUUACGUUUUUUUUUGUUUUUUUUUUUUCUUUUUUAAUCAUCAUAUUUUUGCAUCUUCGCCAUACUACGAGUCUUAAGUGGGGGUUGAUGUAUACACAUAUAUGUAUGAGAUGUGGUUCGACUGUACUAUCGUCAAACGAAGAGAAAAAAACGAAUAAACAAGUGCUGGCAGUGCAAUAUUAUGAGCUUAUGUAAAAACAAAAAAAAAAAGGAGAAAACCUUUUUUUCAAUAUAAAAUUAAAACGAGAGAAGAUAAAAAUGACCACGUCAUUAAAAAACUUGUACCCUCGCAAUGUGCAAAAUAGAGGAGCAAUAACCACUUCAUUUUUGAGGAGAGAGAAGGUACACUUGCACCAUGACGCAAUUUUAUUGUAUGAUACAGUAAUUUUUAUGGUGUUAAAAAUUAAAAUCCAACGUAAUUUUUACUCAGUGUAUCUUAAUUUUCCUAAAAAUUGGGGUAAUAUUUGUUUAACACUUUUCUCAGUUAAGGACUGACGCUGGGAACUUUAAUCUAAUUGUGUCGAAAAAAAACUUUAAAUACAUCAAUUACUGAUUGUCGUGGAAAAUUAAAAAAUGACAAGUAAAAUGUAAAAAAAUGAGCUUAACUUGUAAGGGACACGAAAAAAAGCGAAUAUUUUAUAUUUAUUAUUUCAACAGGAAUAGAAGUCCUGUGUAAUACUAAGUUACACAUGUAUGUAAAAUGGAGAAGUAGAAACAUGCCUUAAUAGUUUUCUUUCGAUCCUUUCAGUGUAUCCCUAAUGUUGACAUUUCAACGACAUACUGCAUGAUUUGGAAUUAUUUGUGCCUUUUUAAGUCAUCAAAAAAUUAUUCAAAUAAUAUAUACCGUUUAUUAAACGUGCCUUCACUGUAAUCGAAAUUUAGCCUCUAAAAGGGUCGUCUAAGAUAAAAGUCAAGGGAAGAUCAGGACUUAGCUUUUCUUGAUUUAACUAAAGGAAAAUCAGUAGAUCAUUAAACAUUGGUCCAUCAGACGGUUAUCCAAUCAAGAAACAAUAAUUAUUGUUCUUCCAAAUCAUUUUCAUUAAAAAUUAUGUGUAAAUACAUAGUGAAAAUAUAUACGUUACAGAGUAUAUGAGUGACUGAAUGAAUGAAUGUGCCAAAUACACAGUUAAUAUUUCAAAAAAGAAAAAAAGAAGAAUGUGAAUGCAAAGUUACAAGUUGACUAUAUUAGACUAUAUUAUUGAAUUAUUUAAAUCUAAAAAUCUGUUUAAUCCUUUUUCUAAUUUGCUUGUUUUAUUGAAUAAAUCGUGCUGUGAUAGGUGUGAGUAUGUUUGUGCGCCUUUAAUUAAUUAUAAUUAUCAUCGAGGUUUGGCGUGAAAUAUUAAAGAAAUUUAAUGAUUGUACUGUUGACUUAUAAUAAAAAAAAUAACCCUUUAGUUGACUUAUUUUUACAAGCUAACCAUAAACUGUAAGUUGCGAUAUUCAAUAUUAUUGUAUAAUUUUGCGAUCAGUGUCAAACUGUUAUGUAUGCUUUUUUUUUCUUCUACACUAAUUGUUUUUUACGUGUUGUUGAUUUGUAAAACAAAAGCAUUUUCAAUGUAGUCUCUGGUAAUAAUAAAUGAUAUUGUAUCCAACUA